AUGGGACGGUAUCACACGUGCCAUGCCAAGUCUGGUGAAGUGGUCGAGCUAGACCUAAGUUCCAGUUGCUUCCAUGGCAAACUAAGUUCCAAAAGCAGUCUUUUUAAACUGCAAAGGCUCCGUGUCCUCAAUCUUGCUUACAACGAUCUCGUCUCUUCUGAGAUACCUAGCCAGCUCGGUACACUCAAGGAGUUAACACUACUCAACCUCUCAAACACUUUGUCGUCUGGUACAGUUCCAACAGAGCUUCUUCAUCUAACCAAGUUGGUGUCUCUUGACCUCUCUUCUAACUCAUUAUCAGCUCAAAAGUCAUUUCUUAACAAUCUUUCCCAGAAUUUGACAAACCUAGAGGAGCUUAACCUAGGUCUUGUAGACAUUUCUUCAGAAAUUCCUCCAAAUAUCUCAAAACUAUCCUCUCUCAAAUCACUCUCUCUUGAUGAAUGUAACUUGUUCGGUAAAUUACCAAGCAGUCUUUUUAUGAUUCCUACUAUGCAAUCCAUUAACUUGCAAGGCAAUCAAGAUAUGGUAGGAUCUCUUCCAGAGUUUAAUAGAAAUAACUCUCUUGUUUUCUUGGACCUCUCUUGGAUAUCCCUAGGUAACUUACCUGUCUCCAUCAACAACCUUAAACACUUGACUACUUUGAGACUUGGGUUUUGCAAUUUACAUGGACAGAUUUCAUCUUCACUUGGAAACUUAACUAACCUAUCCACUCUUGACCUUUCAUCUAAUUUUUUCAAUGGUCAUAUCCCUUCUUCAUUUGGAAAUCUUCUCCAUCUUACCUCUUUAGUCCUUUCUUCUAAUAGACUUAGUGGCCAAAUCCCACCUUCCUUUGCCAAUCUUAAUCAACUUACUACCUUAAGUCUUGUUUCCAAUAAGCUUAGUGGUAACUUUCCUCUUCCAUUACUCAAUCUCACAAAGUUGUCAGAGUUAUCACUGGUCAACAAUCAUUUCACAGGUACACUUCCUCCAAACAUAAGUGCACUUUGCAACUUAGAGACCUUUGAAGCAAGUGAAAACAUUUUCACUGGAACUCUCCCUUCUACUCUCUUCAACACCCCUUCUUUGACUUACAUCGAUUUGAAAGAUAAUCAACUCAAUGCCAUUCUUGAGUUUGGGAAUAUCUCUUCACCAUCUAAGCUAGAAAGGUUAUCACUUGGCAAUAACCAUUUCAAAGGGUCUCUCCCAAUAUCCAUUUUAAGCUUAGUCAAUCUUUACAGCCUUGACCUUUCUUAUUACAACACGGGGAUGUCAGUAGACUUUGGUUUCUUCUUAUCACAACUCAAGGGUCUCAUAGAUAUGGACAUAAGCUAUAAAAACACCACAAAUAUAGUUGACUUGAGUACCAUCUUCCUACAUCUCAAGUCCCUAUCUUCACUGCAGCUGUCAGGGGUACAUGUCUCGACCGCGAAAAUGGGUUUAGUUUCCAAUCUACCAACGAACUUAGGCACCUUGCACUUGUCAGGCUGA